AUGGAACACUUGGUGCAAUUGAAAAUCAAGGAUACUGCAGAUAGAUACAGAAUUUUGAAAAAAAUUGGAGCUGGCGGCUAGGCAGUUGUUUAUUUAGCUUAGGAUUUCGAACACCCUUAACAAUAACUCGUAGCUCUAAAGUAACAAGAAUUAGAGGAAAUGCUAGGAAAGAUAAAAACAACAAUCAUCAAAUAGCAUUAAUGCACGAACUGCUUAUUGUGUAAUCACUGCAAUCAUUGUCAGAAAUGCCAAAAUUGCUAGCAUAAACCUCUACCACAUGAUUAAAAAAAACAAAUUGAAUCAGAAAACCUGGCUAAAGAAGAAUUAUCUAAGGAGCUCCUUAGACUACUUAGAGAAAUCUCAUCAAUUCAGCUCAAACAUCUGAAUAUCGUUGAGAUUUACGACUCAUAUCUCUCUACUGAUAACAAAUUUAUAUCAAUAAGUGAAUUGGCUCAACAAGAUCUUAAAGCUUUCGUAGAAUAACGAUAAAAAAAGUUGACUACACAGGAGAUAUCAAUGAUAUUUCUUCAAAUAGUGAAUGGUCUUGAGUAUAUUCAUGAUUAAAACUUCAUACACAGAGAUAUCUCUCCAUAAAAUAUCCUUGUUUUCCAGGACUCAAUUAUCAAAAUUUGCGAUUUCGGAUUCGCAUCUUAUGGUGAUUAAACUAGCUCAUCUGUAGGAAAAUAAGAAUAUAUUGCACCUGAAGUCCUACCUGGAAAUUAAAAUUAUAACAAAUCGAUAGAUAUAUGGUCACUCGGAGUAACACUCUAUUACCUUUGUACUGGAUCAACACUAUGCGAUAGAGGACUCAUCAAUGUUGUUGCUAGAGGAUAGAAUCAUAUUGACCUGCCACUUGAGCAUAAAAUAUUCCAACCUAUGUUUGAUUAAAUGCUAUAAUUAAAACCUUAAAACAGACCUUCAGCUUCCAAAAUCAAAGAAGACUUAAUGAAUAUUAUAGAUGAAGGUAGCCCAAUUUACUAAAACUAUCAAUCAUCGCUUUUGACCCAUUUGAUGAAUUAACACAAAAAUAAGCUUUAAAAAUAAGAAGAAGACUUUGAAAAAUAAAUUCUAGCUUUUGGUAAGAUAAUAUUUGAAUGA